UUGUAUCAUUCGUAAAUGCGUAUACAAGUUGUCAAGUUGGACUUUUGUAAAAAUCAGAGUGACAUUCUUUGUCACUUUUUUAAAGUCGAAUUCAUUCAUAUUGAUGAAAUUUGGUGAAAAAUGAAGUUAAAAAUGGAAGAAAAGUAUCCUUUAUUGCUCUAUUUUGUUGACGGAUCAUCGAACGAAAGAAAUUCGAAAACAAAUGGACGAUUUUAUUUCGAAAAGGGACGUUGGCACAAUAUUAAUUCCGGAGCCACGGCGAUUUUAACACAAUGGCCAAAUCAAAUAACUGGUUGUCACAUUGCAACGAUUUUGGCGAGUUUUCUACUAAUCUUUGGAUUCAUCUGUCUCUUAUCCACCUCGUCAACCCAUCACAGAACAUUGAGAUGCAUACCAGAAAAUGGAGAAAAUUUAUUUAACGAAACCACAAUUCAUUUAAUACAUCACGGAAACUGGACCUACAAACAAUUAAAAAUGUUGGAGACAGUUUUAACAACGUUUCCAAAUUUCACUAUCAAUCUAAUUUCUAUUGAUACAGAAAACAAUAGGAAACUUAAUGGGAGCGCUUUCGUGAAAAUUGAAUCGGCUACAGAGAAAAACAGAACGAAAAGAGAGAACAAACGAUUUUUGUUUAAAAGAGAAAUAAAUUUAGAUAAAAGACUGGAAGAACUAAAAUUCAACGUUCAAAUGGGUGCAAAAAGACUUUUGGAUAUUCUUUUGAACACUCGCAAAAAUAUCACUGCUGAUCCAAUACCGAAGAUUACAAUUACAAGCACAGAGAAAAAUUUGGCAAAAAUCAUGGAAAACCAUCCUAGAAUCAUGAAAACUAAUACUAGUUUUCAUAAGUUAUUUCACGGUUCAAAUUUGGAGAAUUCUUGGAAACAUUUGAAAGAGAACAUGCUGGUUUUUGCAGCGAGAACAUUGCAAAUUUGGCAGUUUGCAGGUAUUACAUUUGACUUGAAUUAUUCCGGAGGAAAUUUCUCACAUAUUCUUAUUGGUACAUCUAAACAAAACAGAACAAAACGAGAAGAUAAUUUAAAUUUUUUGGAACACACAAAGCUAGAAUUUGAAACAUUAGCGUCAGGAAUGGUGAAAGUGGACGAGGGUGGCUAUCACAUUUUGUCAAAGACCAAAUGUCACGCUUUUAUCGAGGAAAUUUUAAUCAAUUUGAGGAAAACAAAAACGAAAGACAUGUCGCCGAAAUAUGUCAUUAAAAAAUCGUUGAAACCGUUUUGUUUCCAUAUGCAAGCCGAUUCUAACUACUGCAAAAAUGUUUUACAUUAAUAUUUAUGAAUUUAUACAUAUUUUAUAUUCAGUUUUAAUAAAUACAGAUGAGUAAAUA